UUGUGUUUGUGCGGGAUGUACGAGUACAUCAGAAACAGGGCAGAGGGUCCACUAGGACAAACGGCUGAUUGGUGCCUGGGUGUUACACAAAAUCAACGCAUUUCCCAGAAGCAGAGUAACAGAAUGUCGGUGCUGGAUGUGAACAUGAGACACACUGUGCUCUGUGUGCUGGGGUUAUUCUCACUCCUCUACCGUGGACAUGCUCAAGAUGCUGUGUUGACCAUUGAACCAAACUGGUCCACUUUUUUUACCGAAGAGUCUGUUACCUUCAUAUGUGACAUGAGGGAAGGAGAAGACACAGACUGGCAAUACUCAUUCUUGAUGGAUGGUCGAGUAUUUGUCUCCAACUCAAAUAAGAGAUAUACUUUAGAACCACUAGUUAUAGGUUACAGUGGUGAAUACCAGUGCUUUGGUGAUCACAAAAUCUCGCCACCUUUUAGAAAAGAAAGUAAUAAAUUCUCUCUAACUGUAUCAGACAAAGAUGUGAUCCUGGAAACUCCUGCAUCCACUUUGUUUGAAGGAGAAUCAGUGACUCUGCGCUGUAGACAUCGUACUCAGACAGAGGAGAAGAAUGCUGUCUUCUACAAAGACGGAUCACCUAUUCAAAUAGACACAAACCACCAGUCACUGAUAAUAUCAAAAAACACAGUUCAAGUAAAAUCAGAUGGGAGCUCUUACACGUGUAAAUUUGAGGAGGAAGAAUCCGAACCAAUAAAACUGAAAAUGGAACCCCAACCAAAGGCCCAACUGAGCAAAGACGUUUCAGCAGAGGGCAGUGUGACCCUGACCUGCUCUGUGAACCCAUCAUCAUUAUUAUCAUCAUCAUCUGGUUGGAAAUACUUCUGGUACAGAGGAGAGAAAGCCUCUGAACCCCUGACCUCACAAGAUGUUCUUCUCUCAAAUGAAACAAUCAGGGUCUCAGUAGGAGGAGUCUACUGGUGCAGAGGAGGAAGAGGAGAGCCUGUUUACUACACAGAGUACAGCGACCCAGUCGAAAUCUCUCCAUUUCCUGUGUUGUUGGUUGUUGGGCUGGUUGGUGGAGUUUUACUGAUUCUUCUCCUGCUGCUGUUUCUGUAUCGCUACAGAAAGUCAAACGAUUCAUGCUUCAGCAGGUCUCAGAGCACCAAUCAGAGCCCUGCUACAGACCACAUGACCAACCAGGUGGAAGCUCAAUACGCUUCUCUUCUCCAUGGUGAUGCUUGUCUCUAUGAAACAAUCAAAGGCCCUGAAGAACCUGGACAUGGGAGGAAUAAAGAACCAGAGGACAGCCUUUACUCCAAUGUGACGAUAGGAUCAGCUGCAGCUCAAUAAAGACAUCUGAGGACAAAACCAAUGGAAUGGGUGACAACUUAUAGGACCACAUUGUUGUUUAAGCAGUAUUUGCAACUUAAAUAAAAAGUGUGAUUAUUGUGUGCAUCUCUGCUAUUAGACAUUAUUUUGUACAGUUAACCUUAUAGCAGAUCACUGAAAGGAAAUACAUCAUAUGGCUUUAAUCUUUUGUUGUAAUUGGUGAAAAGCCUAUGGAGUUUUACAUAAAAUAAUUAAAUAUUUAUAUUGAGUUUUUAUGUCCUGUAUUUCUUCUUUGGUAAACUGUCCCUCUGUUUUUUAAAGCUCCUAUACUUCGAAUGGAUGGUGUCUCCAAAAGCAGCAAAAAUAAUCUGUUUGAAAUAUUUGGGCUUCAUGUGAUAGUUCAGCUACAAAGUCAGCAUCUCUUUCAUUGAUGAUGAAAAAGCUUUACACAUUCAUAAUAUUGGAUUUCAAAAGAAAUAAAUCCUUUUGCACACAG